AUGGCGGCGGGCAGUGUGAGGAACAUGGAAAAUCUUUUCGAACAGCAAGACAGAGAGAAACUUUUAGAGCUUGAUUUUUGUGAUUCAUGGGGAAUUAGGUUCAAGGGAAGUGAAAGCAGCGCACUUUCUCUUCUAAACAAGCUGAGACUCGAGGGAGAAGGGGGUUUUUGCGACGUGACCCUGGAAGUAGAAGGAAGACAAUUGGCGACUCAUCGAUGUGUUUUGGCGGCAAGCAGCCAAUUUUUUUAUACCAUGUUUCACAGUGGUAUGAAAGAAUCAAAUCAAACACUCCUUAAGUUGCAUUCGGUUAGUUUUGACUCCAUGUCGCUCAUUCUUGAUUAUUUUUACACGCGAGAGAUUGUUAUAAACUACGACAACGCGUUGGAGUUGCUCAACACUGCAAGCUUUCUUCUUGUUACUCCAGUGAAAAAGGCGUGCAUUCAGAUUCUCAACAAUCAGCUUAGUAUUGAAAAUUGUUUCAGUAUCCUUCAAGUAGCCGAGCAGUUUGGCGCAAGUGAACUUGCGAAAAGGGCAAGCAACUAUAUAAAAGAGAACUUCUUCUCUGCGGUGAACAACGAAGAAUUUGUUUCCAUUUCAAGAAAGAGUCUGAUUGACUUUAUAUCCAGUGAUGAAAUUCAAGUGGAAAGGGAGGAAGAGGUCUACCAAGCUGUACUGAAGUGGGUGAAGUAUGAUGAAGAAAAUCGUGUCUCAGAUUUACCUGAAUUACUAAUCCAUCUCAGAAGGAAGUCGUUGCCUAAAGGAUUCCUGAAAUCGGAGAUGUCGAAAGAGCCAAUACUUGGUGCCUUCUCCAGUCUGUUAGAAUCUUCCAAGAGGAAGAUCAAAACAAAAUGGACAAAGAAGAAACGUGAAAAGCAAACAGGGGCAGAUGACAAACCAGAAGCUGAGAGGACAAGAACGUCUACAGAAUUGCAUAAUGUCAUGAUUGGGAUUAGAUCUGCACUGUAUGGUUCCCGCAAAGCAUUCUGUUAUGAUUUGGACAAGGAAGAAACAUUUGUUUUAUCAGAUUACCCCAAUAUGCAUGUUGAUCCAGAACUGGCAGUUACUGGACGGUCUCUGUACAUAAUAGGUGGGAGUAAACUUUUCAAUGGUGCUCCCACAAGAUUAAGUGCUCUGUGUCUUGAUGAGGUGAAGAAUCAGAGGAAGCCUUCAUUUAGCAUCUUCAGUAUGGACCCAGAAUGGGAGACUAAAGCACCUUGUAAAGUUAGCAGAAUAAAAGCUUCCCUGGCACAACUUAAUGGGCUGCUGUAUUACAUAGGUGGAUGGCUUGAAGAUGGCAGUUGCUGUAACACAGUGGAGUGUUACAAUCCAGAAAUGGAUGAGUGGGUGUACUGUGCCAGCUUAAACACUUCCAGAUCUAGGUCAGGCUGCGUGACAGGGAAUGGUCACAUUUACAUCAUUGGUGGUGGAACUGCUCAUAUAUCAGAGAAUUCAGAUUUUCUUUCAAGUGUUGAGAGGUUUGUUUGAGUUGAAUAAGAAUUUUCUCACUUUUUUCUCUUCCAUGCCACUAGGCAAGCAAAUGGCAAGAUCUAUGCUCACUGCACAGAAAUCACUAGAUUGAUGCCAUUUUUAUCCAUAAGAAUUGCAGGGUUCGUACAGGUCAUGGAAAACCUGGAAAGUUGUGGAAUUUAAGAAUUUCAUAUUUCAGGCCUGGAAAGUCAUCUAAUUUAAUAGUUGGUCCUUGGAAAAUGAAAGUUCUGUUUGGUAGAUUGGUCACUGCAGAUGACAAAGCAAGGACAACUUAAGAUCAAGAGGAGUAAACAGUGCGAACGGCACACAUUUUGGUGGACACUAGAGUUUGUGUCUGUUGAACUAUUUAACGUCAAAAAAUAAAUGCUAAAACAAGAAAAGUUUUGAAAAUUUUCGAAAGCGACAGCUAAACCGAAGGCCAUGGAAAACUCUAAAGGGUCAUGGAAAUAGUCAUGGAAUUUGAAGACCUCAAAAGAGUAUUUUGAACUUUUUUAUCUGGUCAUUUCGUAUCUUGAAAAUUUUUCUUUCUGAUGUUUGCUCUUUGCUGUAAAUGUGAUUGUAAAUCUCCCCAAUGUUUCACUCAGCUCUGCCUUAGACCUGAGUAAAACAUAACCCUAAUAGUGGGUUAAAUGCUAAUAGUUACUAAGUAAACAACUUAAAUUUGGCUUUUUCCAAGAAGUUAAUGAGUAUUUUUGGUGAUGUGGAUAAUAUAAAAUAAUAUAAUAUUAUAUAAUGCACACAUUGUGUUGUAAAUCAAAAUGAAAUGUACUGCCUAAAAUAGUUUCAAUGUAGGUUGGUUCUCAAUUUCCAUUAUUUCCUAACGCUAAGUUUUUGAUGAUCUUGAUUCAAUAAUUAGGGUUAGAAGACGAAGGAAAUUGAAAAUAAACCUUAUUUAUCUUUUUGUUAGGUAGAAUAGUUCAAUAAUUCUUAAAACGUUUCUCAUCCAAUUUUCUUGAACCUGUUGGUUUUUAAUACCUUUGUAGGUAUGAUCCAGGAAAGGAUACAUGGUCAUUUGUUGCCAGUAUGAAUCAAGCAAGGCUACUGCCAAGGUCUGUAUGCUUGAAUGGCAAGAUCUAUGUGAUUGGGGGACGUACAUCCAGUACAAAUGGUAUAACCUCAACCCCUACGUGUGAAGUGUAUUCUCCUAAUACUGACGAGUGGCAUUUUAUUGCAAGUCUCCCUUACCUUGAUACUGGAUGCAAUGACGUUAUUGUAGUAAAGAACCAGAUCAUAGUGCCUUUGAUGCCUGAUGUAACUUUUGAUUUCUCCCACGAUGCUGUAAAGUACAAUGUGCGGACUAAUACUUGGCGAAAGGUGGAGCAUUUUGGUCCAAGCAGCAAGCUGGCAUCUUUUACUCUCUGUACCACUAAGCUGCCUGCAAUGAUCCUGCAAAGACUGCCCAAAGCACUGUUUUUGGACGAUGUUUUUGGAGAAGAUAGUGAAAAUGAUAUGGAAGAUGAUUCUUACAGAAGUGACAGUGAUGACAGUUUAAGUUUCUUUGGAUGGCGUGCAGUGCAUGGGUUUAUGGAUUGGGCUUAUGGCUUCAGUGGUGAUGAAGCCUACUGGUAAACAGUUUGAAACCUUCCCUUAAUUUGGGGAACUCUAAGUGCCAUGUUUUGUUUGCUUUGGGAGGUUUUAAAUGUGCAUCAAUCAUUGAAGCAUUUCAUUUUUAAAUCUUAAAGUUUACCAGUUAACUAUGGGUACUUGUUUUAACCAUCAUGAAAUUAUAGGGCGUUUUCACUCAUGUGGCCAGCAUCUAUGCUAAUUUAUUGGAACAAUGAAAGUUUUUGCAUAAGAAAAGAGUGCAACUCCCACAGGAUUAGUUUAGAACACCAAUAUAGCCACCAUUUCAUUGUUAUGGAACACCAAUAUGGCCGUUGUGAUGUCUGUGAAAAUGCUUUAUAAGGAAGUAGUCUUCAUUUUGCACUGAUGCUUUAGGUAGUGUGCUAGUUAAAGGUACCUGAGCAAUAAUAGUCUUAAAAUCCCAUUAGAAUGCACUUAAGCGAUGCAGUGAAGAUAUUGGUGUUCCAGUAAGAGAACCUUCAACAUGUAGAACUGUCAAUAACUUGUCAUGUUGCUAUUGACUUAUUACAAAUUGUAUGGAGAAGUUUAGUUAUGGUCACUUGUGGAGGUUAGACUGUGGUGCCUCCUACAACUGGUGACAAAAUUAUUGGUUUAGGCACAUUACUCUG